AUAACAUUUUGAACAAUUUUUUAAGUGCUAGUGCAUUCAAAAUUAAUUUAUUAAUGAAAAUACUACAUAGAUAUUCCUGAAAAAUAUAAAUUACUAAAAAUAUCAAACUGAUGAAUUAAAUUGUGUCGGAAGUAAGAAGAAAUCUGUAGGUAGUUUGACAUUUAACUUAAGAAUUUAAAACAGUUGCCAAUAGAUGUUAGAGUGGGAACAUAAAAAAUAAGUAAAUGGCACUAUAAUUUAAACAACAAACCCUCCAGAUAAUCAAUACCAUCAUAAAAUAAAUCCUAAAUGUGGUUUGUAUUAAUCGUACCUUUGUUAUACACCUAAGUAUUAUUUAACCUUGAAUUGUACAAAUAAUGAUGACUUCAGAGGAUGAAAACCAUUUCAUGGAAAGAAACGGCAGUAACGAAUCAGUACAAGUAAUAGUUCGUUGUAGGCCUCUUAGUGUUAAGGAAACUGAUUCCAAAUGUUCCAGUGUAGUCAAAAUGUACCCCUCGAGGGGAGUCAUAGAAGUAGAAAACCCUAGGGCAAGAAGUGAUAAUGAAAAAAAUAAAUUAUUUACAUAUGACUGUGUUUAUGAUGAAAAUUCAACUCAAGAAAAUCUAUACGAUGAAACAGUGAGGCCUUUAGUAACAUCAGUCCUUGAUGGCUACAAUGGGUGUGUGUUCGCAUACGGACAGACAGGAACUGGAAAGACCUACACGAUGGAAGGCGCUGAAGGAGAUGACAAGGGUAUCAUUCCGAGGGCGUUUGAGCAAAUUUGGUCUCACAUAGAUAGAAAAACUGGUGUUGAAUUUUUAGUUAGUGUGAGGUAUUUGGAAAUUUAUAUGGAGGAAAUACGAGAUCUGCUAAAAAUCAAAAACAACAAACCUCACGAUCUUCGUGAAAUAUCAGGCCAAGGUGUUAUAGUAACAAAUCUUCAUUCCCAAACCUGUCAAAGCGUGAAAGAUAUGUUGAAGGCCAUGAAAAUAGGUAAUCAGAACCGGACUACUGGAACUACUAACAUGAACGAGCACAGCUCUAGAUCGCACGCCAUCUUCCAAAUAAUCAUCGAGAUGGCCGAAGAACAUUCGAAAACUAUGAAGGUUGGCAAACUGAAUUUGGUUGAUUUGGCUGGAAGCGAAAGACAGUCGAAAACUGGUGCUACAGGAGAUAGACUCAAAGAAGCUACAAAGAUUAAUAAAGCUCUAUCUUCACUAGGAAAUGUGAUAUAUGCCUUAGCUGAAAACUCUUCUCAUAUACCAUAUAGGGAUUCAAAGUUAACAAGACUUCUGCAAGAUUCUCUGGGUGGUAAUAGUAAAACGAUCAUGAUAGCAAAUAUUGGACCAGCUAGUAUGAAUUAUGAGGAAACAGUCAUUACAUUAAGGUACUCCUACAGAGCAAAAUCAAUUAAGAACACUCCCGUCAAGAAUGAAGAUAUCAAAGAUGGUAGACUUCUGGGACUACAGCAAGAAAUCGAACGUCUGAAACAGCUAAUAAUGGAAAAAAGUAACGGUGCUUUCAGUGCAAAUCCCGAUGAGGGCGGUGAAACAGAGAGUGAGAGUGAAGACGAAAUCAACAUAGAAGAAAGUCAAAAGAAGUUGGAAUUGGGCAAAAUGGAAGUGGACGAACUGGCGAAGAAGUUGAAGAAUUUGGAAAAACAGAUGGUUCACGGCGGGAAAAAUAUCGUCGAUAGUGUUAACGAGAAUGAAAUCAAGCUUGAACAGCAGCGCUCAGAGAUAGCAGCAAGAAAGAAAAAAGAAAUGGAAAUGCAGCAAAAAUUGGAAAUGGAAGAAGAAACUUGCACCGAACUUAAACAAGUGUUUGCAAGUUUGCAGCAACAAGUUGAUUUUAAGAAAGAUAAAAUAAAACGCUUUAACAAUAAAUUACAGUCCAUUCGACAGGAGAUUCGGGAUAAUCAUGAAGUGUACAUCAAAGAUAGGCAAGAGAUAGAAGAAGCCAACGACGAAGCUGGAUUAAAUCUACGAAAAUGGUUUUUGAUAAUAGACAACUUUGUACCGACAGAAGAACGAUCGCGAUUAACAAACUUAGCUCAAUUUGAUGAGAACAUUGAUAAUUGGAUUUUAAGAAAAGAGAAAAUCAGAAUCAAUCCUAUUGACAGGCCACUGGCUCAUAGUUACCGAAGACCGAUAUCAGAUACUGCCAUUCAGAUGAAUGCAACAUCGCCUAAAUAUAGAGGAGAAAAUGUACUGGACUUGAAACUGGAUAUGCCUCUGCGAACCACUCAGGAUUACACUCCACCUGCCGUUUGCCCUCAAAUAAAGUCAAUUGUAACAGACGUUAUUCGAAAAGAAAUGGAAAGCAACCAUAUAGUCGUCAAGAUGCCUUCCCACUCUAUGGGACGAACUCUAUCAUCAAAAUUAGAACAGGAGGGGAAGUACAAGCAAGCUACUAAAGUAAUGGUGGAUAUGCAUAACUACAGGAACCGCUCGGCUGCUAAAUCUGCACGAUCUUUCCAAUGAAGAUCUAGAGGAAAGGAGGAGAAUUCGGCAUUUUACUACUUUUUUGUGAUAUACAUUGAGUUGAAAUGUUUAUGCAGCUUUUUUAGAUUUUUAUUUUUAUAUAUUUGUUAACCUACGUACUUUAUAAUUUAUUUUUUUAUACAAUUAUACACGUAUUAUUUUUAUCACCAGUGAUGUUUUAAGUAUUACGUUUGUUUUAAAAAGAAAAGAGAUUAAGUUGUAGUUAUGAUGUUUUUAAAUGGGAAUUAUUAGCUUUAAAGUUAUUAGUUGAUGCGGCAAGUAUUACAGGCAUUAAGCAUCUCUCUAAUUAGUUGUUUAUAAUAAAAGUUGCAACUAGAUCUCAUUUUGUAUAAGAGUAUGUAUAUUAAAACUGUGUCCAGCAAAGAGCAUCGGUAAAAUUAUGCUGUCUUUUGCACUCUAUAGCUAUAGAGCAUUCCAAGACUUUGACGCUUAUGAAACUGCUGGGAGGGAAACCAUCAAACAUUGUAUUUGUUUAUAUUAUUUGUACCACAUUGUUUCUCAAGUCUUUUACCGUUAACAAUUUUUUAGUUGCAUUUUUCGAUCAUUUUGUUGUAGAUUUUGUGUAGUUUUUAGUUGUAGAAGUACUUGAACGACUACUUAUUUAGUUUUAAGUAGCGAAUAAAUAAACAUGAGUGCAUAUAAAGUUGUUGGCAGACAAUACAAAUGUUGCUAGUAGAUACAAGCAAAAGAUUGGCAAAAUAAAUAAUAUAUGUCCACUUUCCCCCAAGGGGUCUGAGUCAAGGGCGGAUCCAGGAUCGAUUUUCGGGAGAAGCCAUGAACUUUUUUUGGGGAGGGGUACCAGGGGUCUGGGGGUAAUUUUUAAAACUUAGGGUUACAAUAGUGAGUUUUAAGGUACUUUUCACACACUUUUGAAUGCCAUAAAGACAUUCAAAACUUAUCGUUAUUAAAGUCAGUACCGAUUCCUACACAUUCCUUCGGAUCCAAGGGCAGUUCUCUCAACACAUUUAAUACUAUUUUUCCCAAUGCUUCUCCAGUCAGGCACUGUUUCCCUCUUUCUUGAUUUUCACUAAUUAUUUUUAUGUUCUCAUAAGCGUCAAUGAACUUGACAAACUCUUCAUGAAUGUUGUUAUUGUGUAUGUCUCUCAAAUUUAGAAAAAGCUAUUCCACGUGGGAUACGUCGGUCGUUUCAUCAAAUAUGGCAGAGUGAUAAUUUGCACUUUGACUCUAAUUCAUUCAUUUGUUCAAUUAUUUCUUCACCACAACAUGUUAUCAAUUGAUUUUGACUGGUGCUAUUAAUGUAUGUUGCUCGGGAAGAUGCUGUGGAUAGGUGUUGUUUAGGAGUCUUAUCUCUUGAUGCGAUUUUAAAUCUCCCCUCAACUUCCCCUCAUUGCUACGUCCAGCAUCUUCGUCCAGAAGCAGAAAGCCAUCAUCAUGAUGGCCUUUUAGAGGAAUAUUUUGUCGACCUAAGAACGGUAUACUAUAGACUAUUGGUCGUAGUCUUUCUCUAUUUUCUAGUAUCUGUGUAGACCUGUGAGAGUCUAUCUGGUUAAUGACUGACUUUUUCGGGUUGAGAUAACUUUGUAGAAAAUCCAGCCCAACCUGAACGCACUCCUUGUGGUAUGAUGUUUUUUCAUAGGUUUGUAUGGCUCCGUCUUUGUCCAUGAGUUUGGCGAAAAAUGUUAAAGGUUUUGUGACAAGGCUUUGGCCUGUCAUCCCUUUAUUGCGACCAUAUUUUUAAUUAGAAAAAUAAAACGCAAUACUUGAAAAACUUUUUUCUAAGUGCUGGUGACUCAAGUAUAUCUCUUUAUUUCUUUUUUUUUUAUUCUUUUUGUGUACAGAAUAUGAAAAUUCAUACGAUUUUGAUGGCUGCCAAGGUCGAUCUAACAAUUGGCACGUUGUAAAAUUAUCAACAUUUUGAUUUACAAAACAUCCUAUGUCAUUCUUGAAGCUUCCGUUAUUGUUUUUGUUCAAUUCUAGUUCAGAAGACAUAUUUAUUCCCUGUUUUUUUACAUCAUAUAUAUGUGUUUGAAACUGAAAACGUUUGAACUGCAAAUAUUUAAAUUUCUUUUUUUUACAUUCUCCCUGGAUCCGCCCUUGGUCUGAGUUAAUCUACGGUUUAGAUAGUUUUCCAAGCGUAAGUAACAUGGACAUGGUUUUUUUUGUCUCAGAUAAUAACUUAUUUAGUUGUUUUAUGUUUUUGUCUCUCAGAUGAUAACUUAAGUUGUUGAGGGCCAAGUGUGACAUUAUGAUGUGAAUACCAGUUUAUAAUAAACGGAGUACAUUUCUUAAAACUCUUAAUUGUUUUAAGAUACACGCUAAAUAUAAUUAUUAAAAUUUUAUUAACACAUCAUUACUCUUAAAUAUACACGAAAUUCGUAUUAUUAGAAAUAAAUUUUUUCACGCUACUAUUCGAUUUGCACCACUUAAUUCAAUUUUAUAAUACUCCAAAAGACUCUCUUUAUUUUUAUAUUAAUAAAUAUGUAAUUUUUUCUCCUAACUUCCUCUCACGUCUUCAUCAGCUCUAACCAUUAUUAUUAUUAAUAGUAUUUUUGUGUUGUACCUAUUCACGUAGUACCUUUCAAAAAAUAUGCUCCAAGCAGAUAAGUUGAACGAAUUCCAGCCCAUAUCAUAACAUGAGGCGGGUUUUUUCACUUCCUCAAAGAAAUGAGAGUUGUCCUUUGCUCAGAAAUAAACAUUUCGAUUUCGAAAAAUCGCACAUUCAUUGGUGAACAGAACAUUUUGUUUGUCACAUGCUCUCGGAAAGCGUUGACACGCUUCAUUUGUAUAAUCACUUGUGACCACCAUUAUGUUUCGAUCGCAACUAUUGUUGUGUGUUUGCACGAUACUUAGACAUUACUACGGUUGCCCAGAUCGACUAACCAAUGAACGUCAAGGGUGCGAUUACGUCACGAGUGUAAUGUCAUUUGAAUCGUAAUAUCGAUGGCUUAGUGUGAAAACCUCGUAUCUCAUUAAAUUACAAUUUUACAGGAGGCAAAAAGCUGAUUUUCUGCAUAAUAUAACCUAAAAACAGGAAUUACGUUACGUAUUUUUAAUUCGAGCACAUUGAGACAAAUAUCUGAUAUUGGCACAGAGCUAAAAGUGUUAAAUGUUGCUAUUAAAUUGAAAAUACAAAUAUUAACUAUGAAAAACACGUAAAUAUCUUUGCACUAUAUAGAGCCUUUGCCCAAGUAACUAUGAUAACCUCGUUUAUCUUGAUAUACAUGUUUUUCAUCUCAAAUGAGGUUGUGUUUAUUAUUUACGAGGUUUUCAUUUUUCAUAGCUUAUUGCACACCUCCAAAUACUAGGUCGAUACAAUACAAAUCUUUUGAUUUAAGGUUCAUAAAAUGUUCCUAUAUGACGUACUACCCUUUGUUGUUCACAAAAAACAUUUCUGCAAGUCGAGUCUCUCAAACAAACACUCCAAAUUAAGUACCAAAUUCUUGGUUAUACGUGGUAUUCACACUAAAUCAAGAGAGUAAUUGAUAUACGUGGUUUCUUUUUUCGGCUGCAGAAAAUAGUCUAGUGUAUUUGGAAUUUUUCUAACAGUUGUAAAUCCUGAGAUUUUUUUUCAAACUAAAACCACCAAAAUGUCAUUUUCGAAAAAAAAAAUGAGAUACGAGGUUUUCACACUAAGCCAUCGAUAUGAUUUUUUUCGAAUCGAGAAAACUAAUAAGUAUUUUAGAAAAAUUUAAACGCAGAAUAAAAUAUUACAUUAUUACCGAGGGCGGAAAUCCCCUUAGAAUAAACAAUCAGUUUCUUUUGAAUAAAAUAUUUGAAAUUAAAUAUCACACUUCUCUUUUAUUUUCAGCCCUGUAACUUAUUAAAAUAAACAUUAUAGAAGUUUUCAGGGACUUUCGGCCCUCGGUAAUAAUGUAGUCUUUCAUUCUGAGUUUAAAUUUUUCAUGUUGAAUUCCAGCUUCCCUAAUUAUUUUACAUUAAAAGACAUUAGAAACUGUUUGUAGAGGAUUGAAAUCUGUAUUGAAAACAACUGUUAAAAUUGGUCUACGAAUUAAACAUAUUCCAAAAUUUUGUAAAAUUGUAAUACAUUUCAGUUUUUCAGCCCAAAAUUAGGCCACACACAAUGCAGUAAUGUUCACAUUUUUGAACUGUCAAUAUUUUUAUUUUAUCAUUUAUGGUUUAAAAACAAUACAGUUGAUAAGAUACCCUCAGUUGCGGAGAAAGUAUUAAUAAUAAAGAUUUUUUAUUCAGUCAAUGGUGUGAGCACUGUCAGUUAAAUAGUAACGUGUGGCCUAACUUUUACAUGCAUACCUAUUGUAGCAAAUGUAUCAUAUUUUUCAAAAUUUUGGAAUGCAUUAAAUCGUAGAACAAUUUUAACUUUUGAUUUUAAUACAAGUAUUUUCUACAAGUAUUCUCUCAUGACUUUUGAUGUAAAAUAAUUAGGGAAGCAGGAAUUCAACAAUUUAGAAUUUUACAUUGAUUUUCCUAUGGCCUAUUUUAUGAUUCACCACUCGGUAUAAGAUAAAAUGUGUAUUAUUUGUCUUAUUAUUUUGAUAAUAACACAAAUAAUACACAUAUUUACACAAUAACACACAUUCAAUGAUCGAAAAUCAUUUAAAAAUGUGGGAUUGUGUACUCUUGUGACGUAAAGUCAAAAAUAUAAGUCUCCCCAUCACCGUCGGUCAAGACAACCAUAAUAAAGUCUAAUAACCGUGGUGUGUUUGCGUAACCAUAUAGGUGCUUUUGACGAUGCACAUGCGUCGGAAUGACAAUCAAUAAACAUUGGCGCGGUGUUGAAACAAUAUUAUUAUUUAGUGUAAAGGGACUUUCCGCUAUUCCGCUCACCCUAUAUGUUCCGGUAUAGUCCCUUCACCGCAUGGCUUUGUCGUUAUAAUAACUUGGGUCGGAAUUAGGAGAAAAAAGACAUAAAUUUCAUAUAUUAGAUAUAUUUAGUAUUUCAACACAUAUACAUAUUAUCAUAUAAAAGACGUAUAUUUCGUAUAGUAGGUAUAUCUAUUUCACUUUAAGGCUGAUAAUUCCGUCUUUAAAUCGAUAAAGCAAGUACGCUAAUAAGCAGCAACGUAUUAUUUUAAUAAACUUAGUAGUAAAUUAUUUUUAUACAGUGCUGGCAAUUAUGUUGCUAAGAAAUGUUCUGGAAUAAUUAUUAUUUCAUCUAUUUGUGUAUAUACUUGCUGUUUUAUUGUUUAUAUAUACAAAAUUCGUCAAAAAAGCAGUACCCAAAUGAAGACGGUUAUAGAAUUGCACGCUCAAGAUGUAUUUGUCAUUUUAUUUGGCUUAUUUAUUAUUAACACGGUAACUGCCAAUAUUGUAUGAAACGAAUGAAAACUGAAUAGAAAAAAGAAUGGAAUAACCCCAUAACGACGGCGAAAAAGCAGGAACUCAGUAAGUGCAAGAUGAUGAUUUUACAUGAGACCAAAAAAACCGAAUCAUUUUUCAUUUAGGGCGUAUCUUGUUACGUUUAGUAGUACCGUUUUCGGUAAUUUAAACCCUUCCGGAAAUGUUCUCAACUUUACCUGUUGGUUAAUAGAUGCCGCUACACUUUUUCUAAAGCGAAAACGGAAGUAACUCAUUUUAAGCAAAUUUGUCAGUUACGAGGUCCUACCUUUCCGCCGUCGAUAACCAGAAUGGGGGGAGACACGUGUGGUCAAAAUAGCAAGAGAUAAAUCACCAAUCGGUAGAAGUAUCGGCCGACCGCGCAAAAAAUGGAGUGACAACCUUCCAUAGAGGUUUCAAUCCGUCAAUGAACAAGCAGAAUUACUUAUAAAGAGGAAGAAGAUGAAAAUUGAAGUAGUUUGAAUGUCAUCUUCAUCUUGAAAGUUGUAUAAAUCGACAGACAACUUUGAUUCCUUGGAUUUGAACAACCAGAUGCCAUUGUAGAGAAAUACUAAUCAAUGAACGUGUUACAAUUUGGUAUCUUGUAUGUGGAUAUGGGAUUAUUGAUCCUCAUUUUGCGUCCAAGACCCAGUUACAAAAGCAGUAUAUAAAGACUUUUGUAAGCAAUUUACUAAACUUUUAUCUGGCACAGAUUAUGCUCCUUUUUUUUUGAGGUCGUCUGACAUAUGUCUCCGAUGGCACUGCAGCCUCAUGGGCUUAUUGUGCCAACCAUCCUACCUUUCAUGUCACCCAAUCCACAAGCUUGGUUCCACGUACCAAAUUGUACAUCCCUAGCAUGGGUUGGGUGGCAUAUUCUGCUGGACUUAAUUUUGGUUGUCCAUAAAUAGCCUGCCUCUUGUGAUCCAAAGCCUCACACUCGUACAGUACAUGAUAUGCUGUUUCAGUUCCCCUAUUGCACAGUAUGCAGUUAAGGUUCCCUUCGUACAGCCCAAUUCGAUUUAGGUGUCCUUUCAGGGCACAGUGACCCGUGAGAAGACCUGUAAUUAUGCGGAGAUGACUCCUAUGUAAUUUUAUUAGUUCCUCAGCUCUCCGUUUUGAGGGUUCCCUUAUUAAGGGCCUCCCGUGUCUCUGACCAGGUACAUUCCCCCAGUAUUCUUUGUGUUUGUUUUUGACCCAUUCCCUGACUUGUCCCCUAAUUAUUGUUUAAGGUACUCCUAGAGCAGGUUCUGGGCCAAAAUAUGAAGUUGAUGAACCGUUCCUUGUCAGCUCAUCUGCUUUCUCAUUACCGUCUAUCCCGGUGUGUCCUGGCACCCAGAAUAGAGUUACACUAUUUCUUUCGGCCAGUUCUUCCAGUUCUUGCCGGCAUUCCCAUACCAGCCUUGACGUCACUUUCGGGCUCAUUAGUGCCUUCAGUGAUGCUUGGCUGUCUGUGAGUAUAUUGAUCCGUCUAUUUUCAUAGGCCCUAAAGUUGUUCAUUAUGACACACUGCAGAAUUGCGUACAUUUCCGCUUGAAACACAGUUGUGUAUGUUCCUAGUGAGAAACUGAGUCCUACAUUCUCUGUUUCACUAAAAAUACCCGCUCCAGUGCCUUCAUCGGUUUUUGAUCCGUCCGUAUACCAUAUCGUUCCCCUGAUUUUACUACUGAUGCUGUUCCACUCCCUUCGGUCAUUGAUUUCUAUUCCGAAGUUCCUAUUAAAUGUGUAUUUUGGUACCAUGUGGUCAGUGUAUGUAUCAGAUAUACUUACCCCACCUUGGUUCCAAAUCUGAUUAUGCCCAAGGUUCUCGUAUUUAUCCCUUGGUUUUCCUCGCAGCCCCCUUGCAGUGUAUGCUCCCAUCCUCGCUUCCCCUUUGAUAAAUAUAUCAAGAGGGGGUAGGUCUAACAGGGUUUCGAGUGCCGCCGUCGGUGUUGUUUUUAUUGCUCCCGUUAUUCCCAAGCAUGCAAGUCUUUGUAUCCUGCUUAUCUUGUUUAUAGCGGUUCUUUGCUGCAUCUUUGUCCACCAUACCAAGGAUGCAUAUGUUAUCAUGGGUCUCACUAUCGUUGUAUAUGUCCAGUACGCCAUUUUCGGACAGAGUCCCCAUGUUUUUCCAUGUGUGCGUCUGGUCAGCAUUAAUGUCGCCUCCGCUCUUUUAAUUACUCUUUCAAGCUGUCGGUUCCAGGUAAGUUCUGGGUCCAGUAUAACCCCUAGAUACUUUACCUCUUUAUAGACAGCUCCAAUUGUUCACCAUUAAGGAUCAGAGGCUUUAAGUCCUCCAGCUUCCUUCUUCUGGUGAACGCAAUUGUGACUGUUUUGGAAGGACUGACUCUCAGCCCUUCUUCCUCAGUCCAUUUGGUGACAAUAUUAAGAGCCUACUGCAUGCGUUCCCUUACUAUGUUUUGGAAUUUUCCCUGGGCAAGGACAAGAUUAUGCUCCUAAGCCGGUAAUCAUUUCUACAGGAUGUCGCAACGAGACAUAAAGUCAUUUGCUCCUUCGCCUUACAUCCGCCGAAUAUUUUGAAAACAAAAUAAUUUCUAGUUGAACAAACUUUUAACAGCCUUCUCCCAUACCUGACCUGACACCACCUGUUUGAUAUCAGAUUCAAUAUUCACCAGCAAAUAUUGGCAAACGGCAAAAAAAUAUACGAACAUUUUCAACGACUGUGACCACGACUAUUGGUAAAUAUAUUUAAUAAUAUGCAAAAUCGUUAUGAUUUUGCAUAAUCGUUAUGAUUAUUAUUAUGUAUUAUUUACACUGCAAAAGUGCACAUUUUGAAUAAUAUGUUAAGCUACAAAAGUAAUUAUUAAAUACAAUGAUCAUUUUGGUUACUCUUUAUUUUGACGAAUAUUGUAGUUUUUUAUUAAAUAAAUAUUUGAAUGUUAGUACUUUCCUAGAACGAUUUUUUUUUCAUAUGUUACUGAAUUGUUUAAGUUUUCGCAUAUUUUACCAUUCUAUUAUUGCAUUGUAUUGUUCCUCUUUGGUUAUUAAUCUCCUCACCACUUAUGCCCAGUCUUUUCUAGGUGUUUGUGUUUCCUAUGACUUUUUCUUCACUUUUGUACUGUCGUGUACGGUCUUGCUUAAUUUUAAGGAAAAUAUUAUACGUAUUAUAUACAGGUUGAGGCAGAUUAACGGCUAAUUAGAUAUAUCCCGAGAACUAAAGUUAACUGAAUCAUGAAAAUUGUCACGAAGGGGUUUUGAAGAGUGAGCUAUUUAAUGAAAAUAUUUUCAUCUAUUUGCCACUACCGGUUGUACUGGAAGUUACUUAUAACUUCGUUUUUUAAAUGGGACACCCUGUAUAUUUUUACAUUUUUGGAUUCUCCUCGAUGUCCGCUUUCUUAAAAUAUGAAGUUUUGUAAUGUUAUACGGGGUAGUUUAAAAUAUAAUUACGUGUUUUAUUAAUUUCGUAUUAACAUUCACACCCUGUAGAAUUGUAGUGAUUUGAUAUAAAAAACUCUGUUUAUGUUCAAAUGAUUUUUAAUAUAGUCUGCUAUGAUUAAAAAAUAUUAUUAUAUGAAAAUAUUUUGGUUAACUAGCUCACUCUUCUAACCCCCAUUAAGUAAUUCCAAUUUUCAUUAUUCAGUUACCUUUAGUUCUCGAUAUAUUUAUAAUUGGCCGUUUAUCGGCCUCACCCUGUAUAUAUAUCAAGUGCAGCUUACUUGGUACUUAAUUGUUACCACAAACUGUUCGUUUAUGCAGCGUUCUUGCUUGAAUGAUUUAUAUUUUUUAUUUUUUGUUAUUCUACGUUAUUUUUAGUAAUAUCAUUGUUUAUAUAGUAAUAGUUGGUCUACGCAAUGAAUAAAUUUGUUUGAUUCUAAAUGAGACAGUCACCAGAUGUCCCCACAAUUUCUGUCAGGGUCGCAACGUCAAAAUGCAUAGACACCAAGUUGGAUACGAUCCUAUUCAUAACACCAACUCGCAUACACAUUAAGAAAAAUAAAUAUAUGGAAGAAUAUAUUUAGAAACUGAAUUAAUGAUGUCAUGCUACUAUACACAUUAUACAUAAUAUAAUAGCACGACAUCAUUAAUUCAAUUUCUAAAUAUAUUCUUCCAUGUAUUUACUUUUCUUAAUAUGUAUGCGAGUUGGUGUGUUAUGAAUAAGAUCGUAUCCAACUUGGUAUCUAUUCAUUUUGGAUUUAUCGUAAUUACGCGUGACGUUGCGACCCCGACAGAAAUGGUGGUGACUGUCUCAAUUAGAAUAAAACAAAUUUAUUCAUUGCGUUGACCAACUAUUAUUAUAUAAACAAUGGUAAUAUAUAACUGUUGUGUAAAAUAUCUAACGCUCUCUGUGAUUUUUUGCACUUUAUUUUUAAAAUAUCUACAUUUUUCUAGUCAAAUGUAAACUAAUAAUACAAAGUGCUAAUAAAAUGUACCUAGCAAUGGUCAGUAUAGCUAAAAAUUUACCAUUACACUAGAAGGAUGUUUUUGCAAUAUGCAUUUUUAUUACAAUAAAAGUUAGUGCUCAAUUUAAA